UAUGGCGGACGAAGAUGCAUAAUCAUAUUCCUGAUGUUUCUUUCAUUUUGUUGACAUUUUCAACGAUAAAACUCACAACGAAAUGACAAUAUUUGGCCAGGUAGUCAUAGGUCCACCUGGAAGCGGGAAAAGUACAUACUGUAAAGCGAUGAAGGAGUUAUUAACAGCUUUAGGAAGAAAUGUCGCUGUUGUAAAUUUGGACCCUGGUAACGAUGUGUUACCUUACGAUAGCGAUGUUAAUGUGUCAGAUCUUAUUACUUUAGUGGAUGUUAUGGAGAACUUGAAACUAGGUCCUAAUGGUGGACUUGUUUAUUGUAUGGAGUAUCUUGAAGCGAAUUAUGAUUGGCUCAUAGAGAAAUUGCAACAUUUUAAAGAUUGUUACAUUUUAUUUGAUUGUCCUGGCCAGGUCGAGUUGUAUACACAUCAUAUGUCAGUCCGAAAUAUCGUUCACAAGCUCCAGGAGAAAGAUUUCAGGUUGGCAGCUGUUCAUCUCGUUGAUUCUCACUAUUGCAGUGAUCCAUCAAAGUUCAUCUCAGUUUUACUGACAUCCCUAUCAACUAUGGUGCUUAUUGAAUUACCACAUGUGAACAUCUUAUCAAAAGUUGAUCUUAUUGAGCAGUUUGGAAAGCUGAAUUUUGCUCUCGAUUAUUACACCGAGGUUUUGGACCUGAAGUUUAUUUUGGAUGAAUUACAAGAUGAUCCUGUGAUGAGGAAGUUUAAGAAAUUGAAUAUGGCUUUAAUCAGUGUUAUUGAAGAUUACAGUCUCGUCUCCUUUUCGCCGCUAAAUGUUCAGGAUAAAGAAACUAUGUUGUCCAUAAUAAAAAAGGUCGAUGGUGCUAACGGUUACGUAUUUGGUGGCAAGCAUGAAGAAGGAAGUCUCAGCAAAAUGUUAUCUUAUGCUGCUGGUGCCGACUUUGAAUAUUUUAAAUUUGCCAGUAUGCAGGAGAAAUAUGUCGAUGUGUCAAAAACUGAAGCUUAAGUCAACGAACUAUUUAUCGAAAACUAACAUUUGCUUUAAAUUGUUCAAAACCGACCUUUUGCAAUGUGAAUUAAAUGUGAACUACAUUAUAGCAAGUUAUUUUGGUAGGGUAAAGAUUUUUCUUAAUCUUAGUAUCAAACAAUACAAUACUUGUGAAAUGUGACCACCUCAAACUCAGAUCUUUAUGUUAUGUAGAGAUGUGAUUGCAAUUUGAUGAUGUUUCUGUACAUAUUUAUGUAGUAACAAUGAAUUUUAAAUUUUCUGACAUAAAAUGUAAUAUUACUGUAAUGUAAAUGCAUAAAUAAUAUGCAGUACACAAUACAUGCAUUGUAGAGUAA